GUCAUGAAUUCGCUAAUUAACGUAUGACGUCAUACGCAGUACUUUCAGUCUCCAUUGAAAGAAGUUGGGAACGGUCCGCUGCACCCAUCAUUACUAUGUGACAUUUUUUAAAAUUUCUGCUACACGUUAUAUCGAAACAUAUUACCUGAGACACGUUAUCAGCACUUAUAAGCCACUGUCAGUUGGCAUAUUACGCUUGACCUAUAUUACACACCAAACAAAAACAAAAAAGGCUAGGCUCUCUUCGCGUAGCAGCUAAAAACUUAUCCAUUCAUGGGUCUGAUUCUCAGAGAUGUUUUUUUGUGUUGCGCCUGGAUCAUCAAUGUUGCAUCUUUUAAGGUGACUGUUCCUGAAAGGUAUCUGCUGGCAAUCCGAGGUCAUCCAGCUGUACUGGGCUGUGAGUUCACACCUGAUCCUGACCUGUCCAACUUGGUUGUUACCUGGCAACGACAGGAAGAUGCACGGGUUGUCCACAGUUUCUAUUAUCAACAGGAUAAAUUGGACCGACAGAGUCCAGAAUAUCACAAUCGGACCUCAUUGUAUAUUUCUGAGCUUGGUAAAGGAAAUGCCUCUCUAAGAAUGCACCCAGUUGGACUAAAGGAUGCAGGCCAGUACCUGUGUCAAGUGAGCAAUGCUAAAGGGGCAGGAAACGCACUAAUAGAACUGGACUAUGGAGCUCUUUAUUCAGAGCCCAGGUUCAACAUUCAUGUGAACUCCACUGCUGUGGCUGUGCAGUUCGAGACAGAGGGUUUCCCCAAACCUGAGGUGAUCUGGGUGGGGGAACACAACCAGAACCUCAGCUCUCACCUGGAGAUCCAAGACCAGACAGAAGAUGGACUUUUUUAUAUAAAAAGCAGUUAUGAGGUCCAGAAGUCAUUGGUUAAUGUCACAUUAAUACUAAAGAACCAACUCCUCAACCAGAACCUGGAGAGAUUGGUGUUCCUCAGCUACGCUAACACAAGGAAGGUGAUGCUGAGUUGUGAUUUCUUCUAAUCCAUCGGCAUCAGGUUACAUUUCAGAUGAGGAUGGAGAUGGAAGCACUGCAGUCAUUAUUCUCUCAAUACUGAGUGUCAUUCUUUUUGCUGUUGUGAUGUUUUUACUAUUAAGAAAACAAAUAAAGUCCUACCUAUGA